CGGUCAUACUGUUGUUUACCUUUACGCGUGCCGGACGAAUUUGCAAUUACGUGAAAAUAUAGUGUAAAAUCAGAUUAACACGGGCUUAACAGAAUGGCCGGCAUGGACACCAAGCCCGGAAACGCGACGGUACCCGGGCAACGUCCUCGGGCCAUAGCGGAGCCUCUGCACAUACAGCGGCUGGAAGCGGCUCUCAAUAUGCGACCCUUCAUGGAAAUGGCCAAACAAGCUUUAAGGAAACCCUUGAGCAGCGAGGACAGCGGCGAGGAGUUGGAAAUAAAAAAAGAGGAGCCGGUAGAUUCCGAUGACUCGUCUAUGGUUGGAAUUGUCAAAACGAGGCAGUUGCAUAGCAGCAAGAAGCAUCUGUUAGGAAGCAAGGAGGAGCGACAAAGUGUUAAGGCUCAGUUAUACAACUUCAACGAUUUGACCAGCGAUCGGGAGUGGUUGUACGACUUGUUGCUGAGUGACACCGAAAGCGAUGAUCCAAGCAUAACCGAGGAUGAAUAUGUCCAUCAAAUGCUCCGAGAGCACAUAAGGGAGCAGCGCCAGCGGAAGAACUACUACAAAAAGGCCACAAACGCGCAGUUCGCCUACUACUCCAGUGGCCUGUUGUCUAACCAUGACGUCUUCGCCGAGCGCCAACAAGCUACUGCCGGGGUGCGCAAGCGACGACGGCGCACUAAGCAGGAGAUCCUGAUGGCUCGCCUGGCCGAAGCUCAGGCUGGUCCCAAGCCGCCCAAACAAAGAAGACGUGGUCGCAAGAAGCGGGACAUUCUGGGAUCGCCUGAAUCCGGCGAGGUUCCGCCCUCGGAACUCGGAAGAUAUACCUUCGGCGACACACUGCCCACUAACGAUGACGAAGAUGAAGACGGCGGUGAGGUGGACUAUAAACGGGAGCUCGCUAGUUUGGCCCUAGAUUACCCAGAGGAAGAAGAAAUCGAAGAGGAAGUGGAUGUCGUUGGAGGCGUGGAGGGACAGGUGACAAAAGUGCGACGCAAGCGGAAGAAUCCCGCAGCACUGGCCGCACGCCGUCGUCGCAUUUGGCAGAUUAUGUCGAAGAAGGAAUCUGGUAGGCUCCAGCGCAUCAAGAGCAACAACCACAAAGAAAUGCUGGCCAAUUGCAAGAGGGUAGCUGGAAUGUGUGCUAAAGUGGUGCGGCAGCGUGCCCUUAACUCGCAAAGGAUAAUGAAGGAGACUGUGUGGCGGGCAAAGCGUCUCACCAGGGAAAUGCUUACAUACUGGAAACGGUAUGAGCGAGUGGAGCGAGAUCAGAGGCGCAAGCAGGAACGUGAAGCGGAGGAGCAGCGGAAACAGGACGUGGAACUAAUCGAAGUGAAGCGUCAGCAGCGAAAGCUAAACUUCCUGAUCACCCAAACCGAACUGUAUGCCCAUUUCAUGUCGAAAAAAUUGGGUCAAGGUAGCGAGGAAGAUCAAUUACGUAUUCUUAGUCAGUUGGACGAAGAGACAAAUGCCAGGUUAUCGGUGCAAGAUGACUACGAUGCAGGGGAGAUGAAGCUGUUGGCCCAAGAGCAUGCCGAGGCUGCCAUGAAGAGGGAUUUGGAUAAAACCAAAGCAUUUGAUGUGGUUGUUAAGAAGGAAGAGCCGGAUGAAGAGCCUGAAGAGUCGGAAGAACCGGAGGAGCAGGAAGGCGAGGACAAAACCAAUGCCACUCCCCGCCAGGAGAUGAAAGAUUUGCCACAACCAAAGAUGUUUAAAGGAACCCUCAAGGGGUAUCAAAUCAAAGGCAUGACUUGGUUGGCCAACAUCUAUGAUCAGGGAAUUAGUGGCAUUCUGGCAGAUGAAAUGGGUUUGGGCAAGACUGUCCAAUCCAUAGCGUUCCUUUGCCACAUAGCGGAACACUACGGAGUGUGGGGGCCGUUUCUGGUGAUCUCACCCGCCUCCACGCUCCACAACUGGCAGCAGGAGAUGUCCCGAUUCGUUCCUGACUUCAAUGUGGUGCCCUAUUGGGGUUCGCCGGGAGAAAGAAAAAUUCUACGUCAGUUUUGGGACCAAAAACACCUGCACACUCGGGACGCCAGCUUCCAUGUAGUCAUCACUUCCUACCAGCUGGUGGUUAGCGAUUACAAGUACUUCAACCGUAUCAAGUGGCAGUACAUGGUGUUGGACGAGGCACAGGCCAUCAAAAGUGCGGCAUCGCAGCGGUGGAAGUUACUUCUUGGGUUCAGCUGUAGGAAUCGACUACUUCUCAGUGGCACUCCCAUCCAAAACAGCAUGGCUGAGCUCUGGGCUUUGCUGCACUUCAUCAUGCCCACCCUGUUCGAUUCGCACGAUGAGUUCAACGAGUGGUUCUCCAAAGAUAUUGAAUCGCAUGCUGAGAACAAGACGGGUAUCGAUGAGAAGCAAAUUUCUAGGCUGCACAUGAUCCUCAAGCCCUUCAUGUUGCGGCGCAUUAAGAAGGACGUGGAGAAUGAGUUGUCGGACAAGAUUGAAAUAAUGGUAUACUGCCCCCUGACCAUUCGCCAGAAGCUACUCUACAGGGCACUGAAGCAAAAGAUUAGGAUUGAGGAUCUCCUGCAUUUGACCAGCGGAUCCUCCGCUCCCUCAUCCUCCUCGUCUGCUUCGAACCUAAUGAACCUGGUCAUGCAGUUCCGAAAAGUGUGCAACCAUCCGGAGUUGUUUGAGAGAAGGGACGCAAGGAGUCCGUUCUUCAUGCGAUGUUCGGAGUAUGUAAUACCUAGACUAGUGUACGAGGAAGGACUGCUCCACAGAGCCCUGCCAAGUCGACGGCACCUGCUGUACAAUCGUUUCAACAUCUUUAAAUCGGAGUACAUGCAGAGGUCUCUUUGGGAGGACGUCAAUGUGGACAGCGCCUUUGGAUUUACACGCUUCUGUGAUCUAUCAGUUGGAGAUAUGGUGGAUGUCACGCUCAAUGGACUGAUUACUUUCCUUUUACAUUACCGUGUUAUCCUUGAGAAGUAUCCGCUUCUGGCUUACCGUCGGGAAUGGUGGAGAAAGAACCGCGCUAGCUCCUGGAUAACAACCAGAUAUCAACUCCUGGAACCGAUGCUGGAAAACAAACUGAUUCCCGACUAUAUGCUUCCGAGCUGUGUCUUGCGAAACUUUGUUUUCACAGCCAUGACCGCUAACGAAAGCAGUGUAUAUGCUUUUGGAAAUUAUUUCACCUACAACAUGCAGGAGACCAUUGAGCAUCGGGUGAUUCGCUCCAAGGUUCUAACGCAAAGGACAAGUCUAAUCGAUAAGUAUUCCGAAGAUUCCAAGCAGGAGCUCGAGAUGGAAUCGGUGGAAGUGCAAACGAAAUCCAACACCAAGAGUGAUGUUAAGGUGACCAAGCUUCUGCUUCUGCCAGAAUUUCCCCAUCGACCACGAAAGCCGAGGAGCUACAAGUGCGAGCCUCUAUCGAUGCCGCGCCUUCUCUAUGAUUUGGGCCAAAAAGUACACGCCGUAAACAGGCAUUUGUAUUGCGAAAGUCGUUCUGCCGCCUGGACUCAGAUCCGCCACCAACAGUGCGAAAACAGUGAUGGCAGGGAGCUCUUUUCCAGCGGCUUGGCUCUGUGUAAGCCAAAUGGUGGCUGGUCCUCGAUUGUGGUGCCGGACAAGGAGACGUUGAUCACCGAUGCCGGAAAGCUUUUCGUUUUGGAUACACUGCUAACCCGUCUUAAAGCUAAUGGCCACCGCGUGCUCAUCUACUCACAGAUGACUAAGAUGAUCGACUUGCUGGAGGAAUACAUGUGGCACCGAAAGCAUCGUUAUAUGCGAUUGGACGGCUCAAGUAAGAUCUCAGCUCGUCGGGAUAUGGUUGCCGAUUUUCAGACACGAGCGGAUAUCUUUGUGUUCCUACUGUCUACCCGAGCUGGAGGGCUUGGCAUUAAUUUAACAGCAGCCGAUACGGUCAUAUUCUAUGACUCGGAUUGGAAUCCCACAGUCGAUCAACAGGCCAUGGACCGGGCCCAUCGUCUGGGUCAGACCAAACAGGUGACCGUCUACCGGCUCAUCUGCAAGGGAACCAUCGAGGAGCGGAUCCUACAGAGGGCCCGGGAGAAGAGCGAGAUACAACGCAUGGUCAUAAGUGGCGGCAAUUUCAAACCAGAUACCCUCAAACCCAAGGAAGUGGUCUCCUUGCUGUUGGACGACGAGGAAAUCGAAAUGAAGUAUCGACAGGAGGCCAAGCUACACUCGUCCUCGCCGCUACCAGGAGCCACUGCCACUCAAGGCGAACGCAAAAGACGAAAUCCCAAUAAGGAUGUAAAUAUGGGUGGCACCUCCACCCCUGCCCCAGUGGUGGCCAGAGAACCCGAUGACGAUGUGCCCAGUUGCAGCUCGGCGGCCAAGCGCCCGAAACUGGACCCGGAGGAGGACUUCAUCGACGUGGGUAUCACCUCCUCGGCCUCCAGUGUCGGCACGGACAGCAACCAUCCCACCCAAAGCCAGGAGACAUAUGUGCCGGGAGCCACCUGUGUGGAAAACGAAUCGGACAACGAUGCCGUCGUGGUUGACAACGAUAGUCCCACAAUAAUGGGACAAAAUGAAUCCCUGAACUUCCUCGGCGACCUGAGCGGCAUUUCGCCGAUGCGGCGACGUCACCACCCGCGCGGCACCAAGCGCGGUCGUCCCAGGGGCAGCACGCGGCGGGGCGGCGGACACGGCUCGAUGCAGCGCGUGCUAACGCCGACGCAGACCGGAGCGGGAUCGGUAUCGGUACCGGGAGCGGUAGCAGCUACGCCAGCGCCAGCAGAAGCGGGAACCGGAGCGGUAGCGGUAGCGUCUUCACCCCUGCCACAACAGGAAGUAAGCGGCGGUGGCGAGAACGCCGGCGAAGAAGCUGAUUUCACACCCGGCGUAAGUCCUGCUCCUGCUGGACAGUCUCCUGGAAUGGCUGCCAAGCGGGGACCGGGAAGACCCCGCUCCAAGACUGCCACACCCAUCAGCCGAGGCACCCGUGGAGCACCUCGGGCCCGUCGACCCAUGGGACCGCUGCUCGUUCCUUUGGGUCGUAGUCCGGAUGCCACGCCUCCUGGCAGUAGUCCCGCCACAAGUCGAGCCCCAAGUCCUUCUCAAGGAACCACUGGACCUGAAGAAAAAUAAGAAAUAAAGAACAAGAUUUUGUUAAUAAAAAAUAGUUUUAUAAAUUGUUUAAUAA